CAAUAAUUCCUCUCUCUCUCUCUCUAUUUAGAGUCCAUACGGUCUUUUGUGGUCGUCUCGAGUUCGAAUCUCAACCACCGAUUCAGAUUCAAUUCUUCUUGCAAUCUCCCUUUCCAUUUCUCUCUCUCUCUGACGAUAAAGAAUUACAAACUCUCGCUGUUGAUUACAGCUAUGGAAGAAUUCAAGUCACUUAGAGAAUUGAAUCCGCAAUUAUCUUCUUCACUAGAUUGGGAAUAUCUAGGUUCUGACCUAGCCGAGGUAAUCUUCUCUAAACUUCCAACCCGAUCAAUCGUACGCGCUACAUCUGUCUGCAAACCCUGGCACUCCAUCAUCGCCUCUGCCCGCUUCUCCGCCUCUAAGAAGCCUUGGUUCUUCCUCUACGGCCAGAAUAACAUAUAUCUCAAGAAUAACCAAGCCUUCGCAUUCGAUCCCGAGGCCAACGAAUGGAUCAAGCUUCCAACUUCCUUAUUCCCCUUGCCGUCCUCCCAGGAGGAGUCUUUCGUCGGCUCUAGCGGCUAUCUUUUCUCAUCCACAUUUGCUAGGUUUAGUUUCGCCAAGAUUCUCAAACGCAAUUGGCGUGACACUUCUCCUCUCAAUUUCUCCCGCUGCAAUCCUCUCGUUGGCGUAUACAGUGACGAAUCUGAUGUUCCAAGGUUCAUCGUCGUCGGUGGUGUUAGAUUCAUCGGCGGAUUAGUCGACAUAGAGGAACGAUUAGCGGUUGAGAUUUACGAUCCCCGUUCUGAUUCAUGGGAGCUCUGUCCUCCUCUGCCUGCAGAUUUCCCAUCAGGAAACUCAUCUCAGUGGCUUUCAUCAGCCUUGUUCAGAGGAAAAUUCUAUGUGUUCGGCAUUUCUUCUUUCUUUAUUUCAUCUUUCGAUUUAUCUGAACAUUUCUGGAGUGAGGUCCAAACGUUGAGACCUCCUGGCGUCUUGUUUUCAUUCUUAGUUUCGUGCCAAGAUAGACUUGUCUUGGCUGGAUUAUGCAAUUCUCCUCGCGGACCAUCUUUUAACCUGUGGCAAAUUGACGAGAAAACAAUGGAGUUCAGUGAAAUAGCUAUAAUGCCUCAAGAACUUCUUCAUUGUGUUUUCGACAGUGAUGAAGAUGAUAAAUUUGCUAGCCUGAAAUGCGUUGGAUUUGGAAACCUUAUAUACAUAUUCAAUGAAGAGCAUCAUAAGAAUUACCCAGCUUGUGUUUGUGAGUUCAAUGGUGAUUCUGGUCGCUGCAGCUGGAGAAGAAUCCCGAGCUUGCCUGACACCGAAAAUAAUUUCCACAAAAUCAUUAGUUUUUGUUCAACAGUUUGUCUUGACAGCAUUCUUAGAGGAGGAAGAGAUGGUGCAGACCAAAAGGAAUUGGUGUCCUUUGCAUAAUCUAUUGAAUCAACUACUAGAGUCCUCUUUCUGGUCUAAGCAUUGAAGAUCUAUCUUAAGGGAAUCAUCAGAAGAACACACAAAAUAUGUAGCUUAUAUGACCAGUCGGAUUUCUUUAAUUUGGUUUUCUGUUUAUCCAAACUUACCCAUUUGAAGAUAACACGUUUAUAGUACAUUAAAGUGUAUAAUAAUUGACUUGCCUUUUGUAAUAAUAAGUUUAAACUGACUGUAAUAUAUAAUGGAAGGUAUUUUUUGUUUUACAAA